CUGCGUUUGACGAUUAAGUAAGAGAAGGUAUGCAAGAAUAUGUGAAGAGGUGUAUUCUGUAGGCAGGCAGUAUUCUACGAAUAUCUUAUAAGACCAAAUGUAACAGUCCAAGAAAGGUAGCCUUAUGUUUUAUCGAUUUCUAUACAGCUCAUAGAUAUAUCUUGCGGACUCUACAUGUCCAAAAGGUCAUAUCAGCGGACAUAUCAAAGUCAUCGUGACAAUGAUAAUAUUUUACAGUACGUUUUGGGGAUCACAAUUUGAUAUUGCAUGACGUAAACGUUUUUGUUCCCUGUUGCUACAUGUAUUAUUGUGUGGUGAGAACGCCUUUACUCAGGGGUCAACAAACAACAAUAGAGUAGUUUGUUGACUCAGCGGGCCUAGCUCUUGAAUUAUGUGACUCGACUGACCUCGACCGGUCAGGACCGGCUGAAACCGGUUUGAACUGCCUCAUAUGAAUACAUGCCGUAGUUGGGUAAUGAAGGAUUUGAAACAGCUGCCACUGAAGAAAUUCUUGUCCCAAACCCCGCAACAGAAGAAGAAUUUGCCAGCAACCCUGGAGGACAUUGGCCAGGUCUGCGAUACACUUCGUGUAAAACCACCCCAGUUCAAACACUGUAAGGGACAGGACUUUUGAACAACGUAGACAGCAAAGGCGAUAUCCUGAAGGAAUAAGACCGAGAUGACGGACAGUUUUCCAACUAUCUCGGACAUCAAGUCCAUCAGUCUGGAGGAGUUUGACAGGAUGUCAGGGUCAUCAGCUCAACCGGGCAACCGAGACAACAUGGCCGCCAGUGUCAGUGUCGUGACAGGUUCACUACCUACAGGUGUAACCCCGAACACCUUCAUCACAUCAGGCGAUACGUACUACAGGAAAGCACUGCUCAACUUCCUCGUGAAGGCGUCCAACGGACUCAUCAACGUCCACAAUACAAAAGCUUCAGCGACAAACACAGGAAUUCAAGGAAAAUCAGUUUUUGUACCUUCGUAUGGUGUGGUACGUCCAUCAAAUACGUUUUCGAAAAAUUCCACACAGAGAGCAAAGAGCACAACUAACAUGAAAGAACAGACUGCAAACAAUAACAGUGGACACAGUAUUUACCAAAAUGGGGGUGUUAAUACCCGAAGUUGCCGUCCUGGAGUGUCUGGCCCACUCCCUCGCGAUGAUAAGAUCAACACUCUGAAGAGGAAGCUUCAAGAAUCACAAGAGGCCAUAUGCAAUUUGAAGAAACUGAAAAAGGACAGCGUGAUGUGGAGUGAUAAUGGGGAACAUCCGGUGGAUCUAACCGUCACCGGAAAGGUGAACCAUACAUUCCGGCCACAUCCGGUUGGUGAAUCAGUAACUACAUCAGCCACGUCACCAGAUUCCCAUCACGUGACGAAGGAUGUCAGCAGGUCAACUCGUGACGCUCAGUCACAGGAGGACAAGAACUCUUCCACACAGACUCCAGUUGUGAAGAAGAGACGCAGGCUUUCUGAGAUAGUCAACAGUUUGACAAGUAAAAGGCUCAACCAUGAGAAGUCCUAGAUGGGCUAUAAUUUAGAGCUUCCCGAAUAUUUAUCAAAUAGAACUUUCUGGUAGAACUAUAGACUUCUUCUUUUUCACCGGUCUUCUAAACAGUCACGAGUAGUUUAUAGGUAUCAUGGAACGGGUCUUUCACAAAUUGACUUAAAAAUAACACGAUCAGUUGCAAGGUUCGCCCAUGCACACAAAUGCAGCCGAGAUUUCCGUUUUUCGAUUCAGCCUAUAGUAUUUUGAUCAUUCGGCCGGGCAUAUUCACCCACUGACGUUAUAUAUAGACCGAUAGCCUUGGAACGUGGUGUGAUUUGUAACUACUUGACAGGCAUGAGUUGUGCCAAAUUAAGUCUAGAGCUAAUAACGUUAUAUGUUUCUGAUACGCUAUUGAACGCCACAAAUGUUUCUCUCAUUUUCAACAACACUGGUACCCGUUAUGAAGAAUAAUGGUAAGAAACUGUCAUAUACGUCGUAAGAUCAUUUAUAUUUAUUUUCCAUGAUUGACCUUUUUACAGUAUGUUGUAUGAUACGUAAUGAUAGUCAGCUUGCAUUUAGAUAAAACUACUUGAGCAUUUCUGGAUCGUUUACCUAUCGUUACGUUAGCCUUUGAUAUUCUGCUGAAUUGUAGCAAAUGUCUAAUACACUUACUACUUAUAAGACUAAUGUCAAUUAUAAGAUGUUAUCACUGAAUAUAAUUCUUUUUUUGUACAGUGACUAAUUUUAUAAGUUUGAUAUAAGUGCUUAUUAAUAAGUGAUGAAGGCCCAUAAACCAAAUAAUGGCCAAGCUAAGUUGUGAUGUGCUACAUACAUUCAAUACAGUGACACCAAUAUGCCCUGCUCGAUAUCAAU